AUGUCUUGGCGCUGUUGUUUUGCAACUACUUACAGUCAAAUCCUGUUACUUGACGAAAUCCAAGCUCAUAAAAGCAUUGAAAACAAGAUGACCACAAACAUCACAUACGAACGGGAUGCCUCCAUGCAGUUCAAAGCGAUCCAGGGCCAGCCCUGCCGCGUAUGCGGAAGCUCUCGCCGCCCCCUGCGACCUGUCCAGGACCCAACCUGGGCGUUCUGUGAGCAGCAUAAUCCGCUCCCCGAGAAGCUCCAGUCGUCUCAGGACGACUGGGAAGCUGCGCUCGGCGGUUUCCUGGUCUGGCUCACAGACAGGUUCAUCAGGGACUGGAUUGGGUACCCAGAGCCCACGGCGGAAGGCAGCAGUUUCUGGGCCGACUUGUCCCAGAUCUGCGACCAGCAGUGUGAGCACAGUCUGGUGUGGAUGUCAGGCUGCCUAGAAGCCCUUGUGGACUUCGACAGGAGGACCGCCGGCCGGAUCCGUGAGAUCCUGGAACUCAAGUUCUGGACAGGGCCGUACUACAAAUUCAGGCACUGUGCGUUCAUCAUCAUGACAGAUGAUGAGCACCACCUGGUAUUCGAUCCUACCGGGAUCCAGUUUGGCUUGGACUGGCCCCUCUUGUCGCCACUGUCCGAACCGAAAGGCCUAGUUCCUCACGGAGUGUACGGACUGAAACGCGUACGGCACCUCGACCAGGUCACCCUCGAAGCCACCAAGCAGACCCCAUACGCACUUUGGAUCGUACUCCUUAAUCACGGUCAUAUCUCUAUAACUGCUCCGCACAAGAGGAUAAGAGAGGCAUUCGGAUUUGACGUUCAGAAUUCGACCGAAGCGGGAUCGGAUGACGCAUCCGAUUGGUGGGCCCCACACAGCCUUCAGCACAAGCCUGAACGUCAACGACACACAAACAGCUCGCAGCGGCACGAGAAGACGACGGCGCUGACCCUCAUAACGGUGAACAUAUUGAAUAAGAGAGAUACUUUGGGUCAGAACGUCUCGAAGAAGCAUUUGGCAGACUCGAAAUCCUAUCUCUGCGCAAUCACCGGACCGCAUGUCAUCACGACAGACUGA